AUGGAAUUGGAAAAUUUAAAUGACGAAUUUAAAUUGGUACAAACUAAUAUUAAGGUGACAGAUGAUGAAAUCAAACUGGCGGAACGUCAAAAGGAACAGGCGGAAUAUCAAAAGCAAUUAGCAGAAAUUGAUAUGGAAAUAGCCAAAGUUAAAAGGAGAAAUGCAGAAAGGGACAAAUAUACAUAUGAAACAAGAGCUUUACAAAUUACCCAGGGCAUUAAUGAAGCUAAAGCUUUUUGGGCUCGCGCAAAUCAAAAAUGGCUUGACGUGAUUAAUGAACGACUUCGACAAAAUAAAGAAAAUCAUCGUGGGUAA